AUGGAUGGACUGCAGCCAGAGGCCUCAUCGUCGACCUCGCCGCCGCCAGUGGUUCACCAGGCCACUUUGGUCUUUGAUUCGGGGCUCACUCGCGAGCGCUUUGUUGAGCUCAUUGAGACCAAUGGCGUUGUGCAUCGUCUAGUCCUCCGUUUGAUGGAGAGGUCUGGCGGAGAAGCUGCACUCCGGAUCGGCCUCGUCAUCACCGCCCAGGACGCUCCGUACCCAAACCCACGCGCACUGCACUCCAUCAUCCCGCCAUACAAGCAGGACUUCCGUCACCCCUCCGCGUUUCUUACAUCUCUGCCAUCCCUGGUUGGGCGUUUUACCCCUCAUGGGGCGUCAAGCAAACCCAAGCCUGGUUCGAUACUGUCCGACAUUUGGGACAUCGAGGACGGCGCCGGACUGUCAAUCUCGUCGUCCGAACCCGGCCCGAGUGACCAUUUCCUCGGCGGGCUGGUCGCGGGCAUCGAGCUCCUGGAUCACAACGCCCUGCAUGGAUCCGUCGCACCUCCUGGCGCACUCCAGUCCCUCUCCCCACCAAUGGCCCUGCCCAUGUUGGCGAUGCUCUACAGGCAAAACGGCUUGACGCCGCCCGACUCGCACCAGCAGUCUCAUCUCAUGGUAUUCACCGAGAAGGCUUCCCUGGCGGCCAUAGACGGCGACUCGCGUGGAUCUCGACCAUGGGCGCGUGACGAUUCCAGUGCCGCCUAUGACAAUGUCGAUUGGGAUACCAUCGGCGCUCGGUGCAAGGCCAAAGAUGUGGCCUGCUCGUGUGUUAUCGUCGCCUCUGAGCCGAGCCGGACCGCAGCGCAGUUGGGUCGGGACGGGUCGGCCAGCGCCGAGCGCUUGAAGAACAUGUGCCAGACCAGUACAGCCUCAGGAGAAGGGCAAGACGAACCGUGGUUUCCAUUGCCACCAGACGCCGACGUGUAUCUCACCGGCUUGGCCAUCAAGUCCACCACGUCACCAGCAGGAACCCAGGCUGGUACGGCCCCUUCCGAGCUGCUCAAGGGCGGGCCUGCAUCCACCAUGGCUCAAGACAACACACCAUCCGACGCGCAACUCAAGUACCAGCUUGCUCAAAAGCAAGCCAUGUCCCAAAAGAUGGCCCAGGCAGCCCAAGCGGCUGGUCCAGGAGGUGCCGCCAACUACAACGUAUUGGCUCAGCUGCUCCAAUCCGGGAAACUGGACCCCAACAUUAUGGCUCAGCUUGUCGCCAACGUCCGGAGCGACGAUCCGAGUCUCCGAACCAAGGCGAUGCAGCAGCUCGGCAGCCUCAUGCAGCUCCAGGCCAACCAGAACAAGUCGUCGCUCAACACUGUCGCACAGGCCACCGCCGCUCUGUCCAAUGCGGGUGGCGCUUCGGGGACCAACCUCCAGCAGCAGCAGCAAUUCCUUGCCGCCCUGCAACAGCGCGCACAAGCGCAGGCCGCUCAGAACGCUGCCAACAAUGGCCAGAACCAACAGAACCAGGCCCAGCAGCAGCAGGCUGCCCAGCAGGGUGGCCAGACGACCGCCCAGCAGCUACAGCAACAGCAACAACAACUGUUGCUACAGCAGCAGCAGCAACGCCAGGCCCAGCUCGCAUCGCAGCAGAACAACACCGGGACCGCGGCGGCAAAUACCGCUGUGCCCGCCAACGGUCCCGGCCGACCCAACCCAACCAAGGUGUGGACCGGCACUAUCAGCUGGACAAUGCGCUCCGCAGACAACACACCGCAAAAAUGGGUCAUUCCUGUUGACUGCAUGUUGUUGAGCAUGCAGAUGAACCCGGCAGUGCUGCAGACCAACCUGUGGCCACCCAACCUCGAAAUGUCCGGCAUGAGCCAGAUGAACAUGAACGAGCUGCAAAACUACGUCAAGCAAAACCAGGCGCCAUGCGUGCUCUUCACUACGCCCACGCCCGUGGACAGCGAUGCCAAGAGCAAGAUGAUGUAUCUGACGACAACGCUCGGCUCCAAGAGUCUCUGCGCGUUUGUCCGCUUUGGCCCUCCUGGUUGCGGCAUACUCCUCAUUUCGUCCAACCAGCCCAGUCCGUCUACCGACAAGAUCUAUCGCUUGCUUGGUGUCAUUUGCUUGAAGGUGCCAUUCAACUUUCCCAACCAGAGCGCUGCAGCCGCUGCCGGCCAAGCUGCACCGCAGCAGCCCACCCCGCAGGCCAACCAGCCCAGGGCGACGCCCCUCCCCAUCAAUGGCGGGGCCAACCAGUUUGCCGGGAACCUGCAGAAUAGCAUCUCGCCCAACUUGCUACAGCAGGCGCAGCUGCACCAGGCCCUCCAGCAACAGCAGCAGGGUCAGCAGAACCAGCAACAGAAUCAACAGUUGCAGGCUCAACAACAACAACAGCAGCAGCAGCAGCAGCAGGGUCAGCAACAGGGGACUCCGAAGGGUCAUACGCGCACACCGUCGCAGAACGUCGCGAGCACACCGCACAUGCCAACGCCGCAGGGCCAGACUCCACAGCUCUCGACUCCUCAGCAGCAGCAACAGGCUCGGUUGCCUUCCAACUCCCAGAUCCAGCCAUCAACCCUGCAGCAGUUUGCCAACGCCAACAGCCAGCCGAACGUGCAGACGAUCCAGCAGCUGCAGCUCCGUCAACUCCAGAUGCAGCAGGCCCAGCAGGCGCAGGCUCAGCAGCAAAACCAGCAGGUUCAGCAGCCGCAGCAACAACAGCCGCAGCAAAACAUCCAGCAGCAAACGCAGCAGCCGUCCCAGCCGCAAGCUGCCAACGGGUCCGGCCCCGGUAUCAGCUUCACCCCCCAGCAGCGACUGGGCAUCAUUCGUCUCCUGCGCGAGGCCAACCUGUCUGUUCCUGACACGUUCGACCCGAACUCGAUCCCGCGCGACCAGCUCAUUGCGUUCAUGAGCGCGGCAAAGGAACGGCAGAAGCAGCAGCAGGUUGCGGCGGCGGCUAUGGUGGCGGCCAAUGCAAACAAGCAGCAGCAAGCCCAGCAACAACAAGCCCAGCAGCAGGCUCAGCAAGCGCAACAGCAAGCCCAGCAGCAAGCCCAGCAGCAGGCUCAACAGCAGGCUCAACAGCAGCAACAGCAACAGCAGGCCGGCCAACAGCAGCAGCCCGUGCAGCAACAGGCCAACAACAACGCGGGUCUGAACCUUGGCAACUUCCAGUUCAACAACAUGGGCAACUUGAACGCCGGCAACGCCAACGCGCAAAACGUCGGCGGCAUCAACCUCGCCCACGUGUCCGGCAUGUCUGGGGUCAACAUGGCCAACCUGUCCAACAUGAACAUGGGCAACAUGGGCAACAUGGGCGUCAACAUGUCUGCGCUGAACAACUUCAACCAAGGCGGCGCCAACGCAGGUGCGCUGGCGGGACUCCAGCUGGGCCAGUUUGCAAACUUGCAGCAGUUCCAACAGCAGGCUGCCCAGCAAGGCGGCGGUAACAACAAUAACAACAACGGCAAUGCCGCCGCGGUCGGCAACGCCAGUAAUAACAAUAACACCAUGGGCGGCAACAUGGGUAACCUCGGAUCUAUGGGGAUGGGCGGUGCUGCCGGGUCGACCACGGCCGCGCAGCAGAGUGCGCUCGGGCUGUUUGCCGCUCAACAAGGGUUGAGUGGGCAGCAGUUCCAGAACAUGCAGGGAGUCGGACUGGGUCAGUUCCAGCAACACUAG